AUGCGCAGUGCACGCGCUGAGAUCCCUAGCGACAUUGGUGCCUUCUCAGAGUACCUGCUCAAGAGAGUCCAGCGUCUGCGCCAGGUCGAAGAACGAAUGAGUGGCGCCGAGCUGGCUGAACAGCGACCAAGUAGUGGUGGAGCCAAGUUUGGCAAGCGGCCCGACCGUACGUUUGUAGCAACUAUUAGUGGCCAGAGCCCAGACAGCCGCAACGGUUGCAUAUACUGCAACAAAGACCAUGCACUCAGCGAUUGCCGAGAAUUCAAGCAGUUGACAAUCCCUCAGAGAUGGGACUUCAUCAAACCAAAGCCCGUCUGCAUCUGCUGCUUAGGCCCAGGCCACAAGGCGAAGUCAUGCAAGCAGUCCAAGUGCAGCAUCUGUAGUAGGCCACAUCAUCGCCUGCUACACUACACGAAGUUGAACCAACGGACAACCGGAGCCAAUAGUCAACACAGCAAGGACCGCUCAGCUUCUUGCCAGGAUACAAGCACGGAGGCAUCAGCAGCUGACAAGACAGCACACACCCAGACUGCAUGUGGCACUACCAUCGAGCCCAAGUCUGUCGCGUUCAUGACUGUUGCCACCACCGCAAAGGGUCCGACAGGGUCAAGGAAAGCUAACGUCUUCCUGGAUUCAGGAUCUUCUUGCAGCUUUAUAACCACAGAACUCGUCAGCCAGCUCGGGCUACAGACAACGAAAGCUAACGUCCCGCUGGAUACCGCUGUUCUGGGGGGAGAGAAGCUCCGUCUGGAGCAUUAUACAUCAGCUGAACUAUGUCACGCUGAUGGCCAAUCGUCAACGACCGUCAGAGUGUGGAUGCUUCCGCGCAUCAUGCGUCCCGUCCCAGCCUUCGACUGGACAGAGGAACUGAAACGCUGGCCGCAUCUCAGUGACGUCGUACCUGCAAGCAACGAGUCUAGAGUGGAUCUGUUGAUUGGUCUCAAUGCGCCGCAGCUGCACAUUUCACUUGCCGAACGAUUCUGCAGUGAGGGAGGUCCAAUUGCCAGGAAGACACCGUUGGGCUGGGUACUGUUCGGCGAAGGUCCGACUGACAGCGCAUCAGAGAUGACGGAACAAUCACUACUGGCUGUAAGUGACAGUACACUGAUAAACACCGUCAACAAGUUCUGGGACCUCGAGAGCGUUGGCAUGCAGGCCAAGAGCACAUCAUCCUACCUGACUCCGGAUGAGCGUGAGGCUGACGCAAUGACCGUGCAAAGUCUCCACCACAACGGCACACGGUUCGUUGUCGGCAUCCCAUGGCGAGGCGACGGUAGCAAGCCAAAGAUUCAGCAGAGAUCGGAACAGUACGCCAGGAAGCGGCUCUGCUCGCUACACCGUCUGUUCCAGAAAAAUCCUACUGUACAGCUGCGCUACUCAGAAGUGCUUCAGAACUACCUGGCCGAUGAUGCAACAUGGUGGACAGGUCCAGCCUUCUUGUCCAAGCCCACCUCCACAUGGCCCAGUAAGCACAUUGUGCCGCCAGCAGAGCUUCCAGGUCAAUUGAAACGAGCACACAGCAAGGUCACGCUGGCCGCUUGGGCGUGUGACAGAGGUCUAUCCCGGCAAGGAUGGUAUUGUUCGAGUAGUGAAGGUCAAGGUGGCUGA